CUUAAAAGCACUAAUUACUCCAUCUAAUAACAAGUCUUCAUUGACAGGAUGGCAUUGGCUGUUCAAAGUACAGUCAUUUUAUGAGCACUAAUGUGUGAUAAAGGUGUGACAUCAGUUGUGGUCUGACGUCGAAAAGGUGUGUUUGACUGGUCAAAAGCAGUAUUUAUAAUCCACCUUCUCCUCGAUUUAACACACUCCAGAAGAAAGGCUUAACAUUUCUGAUUCUCGGUUUAACAAAAUACUUACAUUAUGUGUACCGGAAAGUGCGCCAAGUUUAUUGGCAUCAGUCUCUAUCCAUUGGCGCUAGUGUCCAUCCUCAGCAACAUCUUUCUGUUCUUCCCUGAUUUUAAAACCAACUAUGCUGCAGAGGAUGCCGACGGAGAGUACCGUCUGACAACUGAGAUCAAAUACAUGGGAGGUGUUGUUGGAGGCGGCAUCUUGGUGCUGAUUCCUGCGAUUCACAUUCAUAGCACUGGGAGAGAAGGAUGUUGUGCAAACCGUUGUGGGAUGUUUCUGUCCAUCAUCUUUGCAGCAAUUGGUGUGGUUGGUGCCUUCUAUAGUGGUGCCGUAGCUGUGGUUGCAUUGCUUAAAGGGCCAGUUUGCAAGAUUGAUAGUGGCGAAUGGACCAGACCAUUCCAAAACGGUACUGAAAACUACCUGGGAAACUCUGACACCUGGACGAUUUGCGAUGAGCCAGAAAACAUAGUGGAGUUUAACCUGGGCCUGUUUGCCAUUCUGCUUGUGGCUGCUUGUUUAGAGCUGCUGCUCUGUGGCUUCCAGGUGUUCAACGGCCUGUUCGGCUGCAUAUGUGGUACAUGCAAUCGCAAAGAGACGGCUUAAGUUCAGGACGACACCAGAUAACACAGCAUCGGUGAUACCGGUAAUAAGUCAGAAAGGACCUGCAAAAGAUACUCAAUUUAUCAACGUUAUAUGUUGUCCAUAUAUUUUGCACAUGUAAUAUUGAAUAAUAGAUUGAGAAACACUUCAUGUGGAUAAAGGCGUCCUAUUUUUGUAUAAAUGUAAAUAUGUUAAAGUUUUAUUAUGUUGUUGCUUAUUUCAUGUUGUGAAUUAGGCAGAUUUCAUUACAUAUCUAUUAUAAUGUUGUUCGAAUGUAUGUUUUUUUAUGAACAGAAAUUGUAUACAGAUGCAAUGUGCAUUAAUUUUCUUAACUGUAAAUAAACAACAACAAAACAG